ACAGCCGCCAGCGGCUCACUGUUCCUAACCGGCCGGGUAUAGUUGGGACACAUCUCUGGCUCGCGCAAGUCGGGCUUGGGCUCAGCCACAGGGACCAGAACGCGGGGGUAUCACUCGGGGCAGCGCCCGGAAAACCAACCAACCAACCAACCAACCAACCAACGAAGGCCGGGGCUCGUUGCCCGGAGGCUCGGCGUUAGAGUGGGGCGUGUGAUUGGCGCCCUGGCCGGCUGUGUGCGUGUGGCCUGGGAAAGAUGACCUGGGCUGCUCCGGCGGCCCGGUGGUAUCGCCCGCAGAGCAGCCGGCGUUCGUUUGGGCGGGCGGUUUGAAGCGCCGGCGCCAGAGCGCGCGUUCCACGCCUUACCGCGGCCUGAAGGCACAGGGCAGCAGUAACAUUGAAUCUGAGAAAUGGAGAGUGACAUUUAUCAAGUUUAUGAAGAUGAAAUUCAUUCUUUGGAAGAAGAAAUUGAAAUGUUAACUCAGAAGUUUGAAAACAAACAAGAAUCUACAUUUUAUUCUGAUGAAGAGAUACAAAUAUCAAUAAAAUCACUCCAAGGAGAAUCUGAACGACAUGAAUCUCCACCAGAUCUGAAAGCUGAACUAGAUUGGUUAGAAUCUGACCUCUCUUUUUUAAUGAAAUUUACUGGCAUUUGGUUCACAAAUUACUCCAAGGAAACAGUGGAAAAAACUGGAAACAAAACUAUACAGAAGCACAGAUUAUCAGGAAAUUGCUAUUCACUGCCUUUUCAGAUGGAAUUUCAACUUCUAGAAAUACAGAGUAAUGACAGCAUAUCUGCUGUUGUUACUGACCUCAGCAUUAUAAUGGAAUGUGGUGAAUAUUCGGAUUUAAGCAAGUUUGUGUCCAGUGUCGAAGAACAAGGAAACCUUUUGCUAUUUUUCAGAAGCCUUUCGUCCUUUGCUGAGUGGUGUGAACAUCGCAAAUGUGCCUUCAAACAUUUCAAGGAUUGCCAGCAAACCAAAAAAAUUAUUUGCAGAGAUCUGUAUGGGCUUGUCUACGUGGUCAAAUAUCCUGAUAUUGUAAGACUUCCUGAAGGACCGUCUGGAGAUUACCUGGUUAUAAGGAGCCCUGAACUUUCUGGGUUUGAGUUAAUGAUUGUUUGGAAAAUAUAUGUGGAUGAAGAAGGGAGAGUUGUACCUGUCCUGGAUCUUCUGCCUAGAAUACCAGCGCAAGCCAUGCAGGAUAAGAAAGCAGCUGUGAAAAACGGACCCCAGUGCUUCAGAAACAUGCUCCUUUUGCUGGGGAUUGAGGCCUCCAUUGAAAGUCUGAUCAAAUCAGUUGGCAUAGAGAAAUGAAUACUACUUACAAAACUUAUAACUGGUAGAAAUUUGGAAAUUCUUUUAAUUAUGAUAUUGAGUUAUGCAGUCUAUAAUUUUAUUGAAUAUAAACAUUAAGUUAUUUGCCAUUUAAAAACCAUACCCAUAAACAUGCUAUCUGUACAAUUAUGGCACGUUAUAUAUAAAUUGUCAUGACAUGAAAAAUAAAUACAGCAAUUUAAAUACAAAAAUGCCAAAUAAAAUUAUUAGAGUGAAUUUCAUUAUAAAUUUAACUUUCUGAAUUAAUGUACCAGAGUGGUUCUUCUGUCCUUAACAUUUUCUAGACCAGGUUACAGGAACAUAUGCUGUGAAAUUCAAGUCAAUAAAGUGGAAGUUUCAUUUCACAGCUCUAUACAAAAAGUACAGUGAUUUUAAAAUAGAGAGAACAGUGACACUGAAAGAAUAAAGUUGUAUUUAAAUAUUCCUGCUACUCAAUUAAGAUAGAAUUACAGAAAUAAAUGACCAAUACAGCCAAAUUUAAGUUUGUGAAGAAUAGUCAGGUGGUUAGAAAUCAAUUUUGUGAAUGCUAGUGAAACAAUACAGCUGCUGCUUCUUGUAUAAUGUGGAUGUAGAAUAGACACUACUACUUUCACCAAGUGUUGCACAUUACUGUUUAACAUGGUUUGGUUUCAAAGCACUGAAAGCUUGCAUCAUCCUUGAAAUAGGUUACUGCUGGCAGACAAUAGUUGAGGAAUAUUGUCAACUUUACACAAUGCAUUCCAUGAACAAAUAUGAAGCAGUUUCAAGACAUUUCUUGCAACCUCAGUAUUAGCUCACUUGUAAAUGUCUAGCAUUUUUCAAAGGGGGAAAACAUAAUACAUUUUUAGGGGAAGGAAAACUGUCAAUUUUGCACUGGCUUUUAAAAGUUUUCCAUAUACUUAAGUGACCACCUCAUUUUACUUUUGGAGGCCUUUAAACAUUGGGAAAGUGAUGGCAGGCAAGCUCAAAAUUAAUCACUAAUACUUUAAAAAUGGUGUAUUUUUCUGGAUUCAGGGGGCCAAAAAGGCUAUAAUUUAUGUAAAUGUAGAACUCUGGGUAAGUAGUUUCAAUGAAGAGUUCUUUUGCAAACUCAAGUGCAUGAUUCUGCAAGUAUUCAUACACAACUAUGAGCUGGUGUACAUUUUGAUGGAGCAAGCAGUGUACACACAUUUACAUUCACACAUGGGUAAGGCUGGUAGAUCUUGGAUUAGACAUGCCUGGUUUAAAACAGUAAGCUUGUCAGUCAUUACCAGAAAAUAUCAAUCAUUAUUUUGUCACUCACAGUAUCCCCUUCUGUUCUGGCAAGGAAUAACUGAACCGAAGCAUCAAUGUGGGUGGCUUGAUUCAGUCUUCCUACCCCCACAGAACAAGCAUGCAGUUGAGCAACAGUAGGAGCUGUAGCUGACAGACUACAAUUUAUUUCAAAUUUCUUCUUUUUCAGACAUAGAAAAGGUUGUUUUGGGGUUCUGCUGCUGAGCAGGUAGAACUAACUAAUACCACUAUAUCCAUUUCACUAUUUUAGUGCAAUCUUGAUUCUUUAUGCCAGCAAGAUUCCUCUUUAAAAUACAUAUGGCAGCAAACUACAGUUAGAUGCUUCCUGCAUGUAAAUGGAAACUGAACUAUGGUGCACAUACACCAAGAGUAGAAAAUUACAGUAUAAACCUGACCACAGUAUGUUUUUUUUCCUGUAGAUAACUUCAUCAUUUUGACUAAAAAUGACCAGCCCCUUUGUGACUUUUCUUUUAAUCCCCUCCUCAGAGAGUGGUAUUAUUACAACAAUGCAGCUAGCCCCACAGCAGACUGCAAUAAAUCAACAACUAGGUCAGACUGCUGUGGAUAUAACAAAUCUAAUCUAAAGAGCAAACAACUGCACCCUAGAAAGGCACAUUGCUAACUGGUGGUAGGUUUAGCAGAUCAAGGUAACAUGGUUCACUUCUAAGUGUUAAGCAAUACUGCUGUAUAAAUAAGUUUUCAUUAGGAAUAUCACCACUCUGGGCCCAACUGUUAAACGGUCCAUGGUUUCACAGAAUUGUACAUUGGGUCCUGCCAAUGAACAUGGUGCCAUUUUUUAUGAAAGACAAUACUCUGAAGAAGUUCAAAUAAAAUACAAUGAAACAAGGGUAUUAGAUUCAAGCUCCCAAUAUUAAUCUACUAUACUACUUAAUAAGGAGAGGCAAGUCCUUGUUAAGACAACCUCCAUAUUUUGAAACUUAUUACCAGUAUAUACCUACUGUAUACAGAUAGCAGCAUUUCAAGAUGGGCUUGAAUAACAUCUCCUUGUACAUUUUUAGGGUAUGAGAACCCCAAAAAAAUGUAAAGAAAGCUUUUCGACAGUUGACCUAGUUGAAGCAGUUUCACUUUUAAACUUCACAAGAAUCAGAGAAUAGCACCUCAUCUCCAGCUUGGCAGAAUGUGUUAACUUGUUACCACACAAACUAAAGCCACUGCUAAAAGUUGGUACAAAGUUAACCGACACCCACCAUCAUGGAAAAGUCACAACCUACAGUCACAAACUUCACAAGAUAAAGCAGAUACCAUACGUCAACCCUUUCCUCAAGAAAAAUGUCAUUGCAGUCACAGCCUGAUUCAAGAGCAGCCUUUGCUAGCUGCUAUUUAAUGCACAAAAAAUUUGAGAAGCAUGUGAUUUCAGUCCAAAAUCAUAUGGACAAAAAUUAAGUAUACAAUUCCUAAAGCUCAAUUUGAUUAGGAAAGAGCUAGUUCCUGAUUCACUAAUUUAGCAGGACUAGAUCUGUGUGGACCAUAGGAUCAAAGCCUGAUACGUUCAACCAGCAAAUAAUUAAAAAUCAAGGCUGCUUACCUAGUAAAAUUCCUAACCAUUACCCCUCAUUUUGUGAAUUUCUACUUACAUUUAUAAAAUUGUUACAGAAAGCUUUUUCAGACUGAUCGUAACACUUCUGGAAACAAGUCUGGAGUUCUCAAUUUCACUCUCUGCUUAAAAUAGAUUUGCAUUAACAUGCAAGCUCUACCUAGCCAGCACCAAAGAGCAAUUAUACAAUACAGUAGUGUGUUUUGUUUUUUAACAUUAAAUUACAUGGGCAGCAAUUUAUUUUGAAUUAAGUUUAGUGCAUUUUUAAUGUGCUCAGUGCGGCUUAAUUUUAAAUUUGGUUUUAAAUCAAUGCAGCAGGUGCAGGGGUUGGUUUGCUUUUAUUUUAAAAUAUUGAGUGUUAAAAUGCACAAGGUACAAGGCCAUUCUGUAAUUCUCAUGUUAAUGAUCAGGCUUUCUGCAUUAGUGCAAUGAAUCUGAAAAUUCAUUAUUCUUAAGAAUAAAUGAGAAUUAAUCGAGAACGUUUCAUUCGGUGCUUCACAUAGUAGUCAUUCAAUUUUAAGAACAUGGACUUGAUCUGUCAUGUCAUUGCAGGGCAUGGCACACAUCUGUUCUGUAAUAUUGAAUACAUUCCUUCAGAUUAAAUUUAUAUAUUGGAAGGUGGGUUUUUUUAGUACUAUGCCAUGUCUUUGAAAG